AUGGAUAUAAACACAAGUGCCCCAUUGAACUCUUCAGCGGAUGAUUUACCAGUAACUAGCAGACACCAUUCGGGUUCUGACAAGGUGCGAAACAGUAUCCGAUCAAUAAUCAAUCAUCCUGAGGAUAAUGCUGGAAUAAAUGAAGCAAGUGAAGCGAGUAGCCCCAAGAAUAAUGGCAACAAAAAACCAAGAAAGAAAAGGAAAACCUUUAGUUGUAAUACCUGCAGGAGAGUAAAGACAAGAUGCGACUUUGAGCCUUUCAUCGGGAAAUGUUAUAGGUGCAACGUUCUUCAACUUGAUUGCUCAUUAGCUAAAAAUAAAGAUAAUAAAACUUUAAAUACCUUACGUGAUGAUGGUCUAUUAAAAAAGAUUAACUCAAUUAGUUCAAACCUUAGUUCAUUUUCUCACUUAAGUACGGAUGCCUUGAAUGAAGACCAAAGUAUUGUUGGGAAGAAUGAUUCUAUGACGAGUGAAAACCACAUGAUUAACAAAAGGCUUUCAUCUUUAGAAAAUCAAAUAAAGUCUCUACACCAAAAAAUGGACUUGAUAAUUACAUCAGCAAAGUUGUUUAGCAACAACGAUGCUAAGGACCCAAGAAAAGGUGAUCAGAGUUUGGAUAUCAGCUUAAGUAAUACACAUGACAGAUCUUUAGAUUCGAGUAGAGAGAUUGUAAAAAGAUCAGGAGAAUAUAACAACCAAAAUCAUUUCUCAAGUGGGUUCAAGUUGAAGGAGUCCCCUUUAAAAUUGAUAUAUGAUAUCGAUGAAAGGUUAUUUCCAUCGAAAGCUACAUCUAAAGCGGCUAAACUAGCUGGACAGCAAAGGCCAUAUGCUGUCGCAAGAGUGAAUUUUCUCCAUUUUUAUGAGAACCAUCAGGAACUAUGUCAUGAACUUGCUCAAGAAUUUUUAGUAAGAUCUCAUUUCUGGAUUGUCCCAGGCGGGAGAAAAGAGAUAGAUGUGGAAUAUGCUCAUUCUCAUUUAUUCAUAACAAGCGUGUUUACUAUUAUUGCUAUGAGUUUUACAGACAAUGACAAAUAUGCUGCGGAACAAGAAAUUUUAUAUCCUUUGGUGGAAAGGUUAUUGACUAAUACAUUAACCAUGUUUGAAAAGUUAACAGCAUUUGAUAUCGAAGCUAUUUUAUACUGCUGUAUGUUCCAUAUUUCUCGAAAAGCGAAGAGAUAUAGGCAACUGAAAUUUAAUUCUUUGGUAUUGAGCAAUUUUGCGCUCAAUAGCUUGUUACAUGUAAUAGAUUUCUAUCAGAUAAAAAACAGGGUAUUGGUGAAAGGAGAAUAUAAUCCUGAAGAUCUUUAUCACUUAAGAAUCUUAAACUCCUUAACUGCCUGCUAUUUAGAAUAUUCUAUUAGCCACGGUGAGAUUAGAGAGCAAGAUGACAUGAUAAAAGAGUUUAAUAAGCUUGUGGCCAAGUUCCCCCAAGCAAACUUCAGUGAUGACAUCAAAAUAAGUGAAAUAAACCUAGGUGACGUUGUAAAUGGAAUUUUUAUCAACCUUGAACAUUAUUUUACACAGUGCUUGAAUGAUUAUAAUAAUUGCACAAGCGGAAAUAGCCAAAAUUCUGUCUUCAUUUUUCCAGAGCUAAAUUACUGGUUGAAAAACUGGGAAGAGCUUUUAGCAAAGGAUGGCGCAGGCGUACUAUUAUUUACAUUUGAUUUCUAUCAUAUCAUGAUAUGUCGUACUUUUAUCGCAGAGUUUUCUUCAACUCUAAGAAGCAACCAAACUUUUUUGAAACUGAUUUUAAAUACAAUGAAGGAACAUUCAUUUUCACUACUGAAUGGAUUUCUGAGAUUACCGCCAAUGUUAAUAAGGGGUGCUCCUAUUUUUACAUGCCAUCAACUAGUUUUCGCUUGUCUAACGCUUUGCGAUUAUCUUUAUUGGUUCGACUCUUCUGAACGUCAACACGUUUUAAGUCUUUGUACAAAAGUAUACUGGCAUUUGAGUACUAUAGGGGAAAAAAUGAAUGAAGCUACUGACAACGUUGGAAAAAUUAUAAAAUCUAUAAUCGAUACGAGUAAAACCCGUAUAAAUAUUGAUAAUUUUCCAAAAGAAAACGGUGGUAAUGAUGCAAUUUUGGCUACUGUUAAUAACGGCGUGGAGACAAAAAACCUGCCUUCCGUAAAAUCUGCUAAUUCGCCUACAAACAAUGACACUUUACGUGAGAGCUCAUCAAAUAGUCACUUUAUGAUACCUGACGUCGACCAGUUCAAUUCCUUUGAAGAUUUUUUCCAAGAUUUUUUCGAUAGUUUAAAGCCAAACUCUCAAAAAAUGUUCACUAACGAUAAAAGGACUGAGCAAAUGAUUUAA